AUGUUGAAGCCCAAUGAAGUCGUACCCGAGCUUGAUAGUGUUCCCGAUGAUACUCAGGACUCGUUGAGUACUACCAAAGAUAAUGAACAAGAAAAACUCCUUUCUGGUCCACCAAAUAGAUGUCCCCGCUUUGGUUGGUUACGUAGGAUCUUCUCUCGUUCGAAGCGACCAACUCCUAUUCCAGAUCCAGAUAAAAUCAACUCUAAUGGGGAACGGAUGUUCAACAUAUGGCGUUACAGUGAGGCUUUGGAAUUCUACGAUCGAGCAAUAGAGCUCUCACCUAAGAAUGUGACUUAUCUCAACAAUCGAGCAGCUGCAUUAUCGAGAUUGAGACGGACUAGGGAAGCUCUGAACCAGUGGGAGGAAGCCGUAAAGCUGGAUCCAAAAUCUACACAGGCUCGUCACGGUUUAGGAAUGUCUCUUCUUAGUUUAGGUCACGUCCAGGAAGCGAUGAAGCUUGUGGAGGAAGCAUCAUAUAAUGAACGCGACAUGCAGAAAGUUAAACAAGUACAAACACACUUGAACACAUGCAUUAAUGCAAGAAGACGCAGUGAAUGGACUAGUACUUUGACGGAAGCAACUGCAGCUAUGGUUUCAGGAGCUUAUGCAUCUCCUGAGCUAGCUAUGUGUAGAGUUGAAGCACUUGUAAAACUCAGCCGGGUUGAUGAGGCUCAUGCAGCACUAGAAGAAGCUCUCCCCAAAUUAGAACUAUUCCCAGCCUCUUUCUCACUUCCACAGACUCGGUUUUUCGGUAUGAUAUGUCAAGCCUACAUAUUGUUUGUCAAAUCACAAAUUAAUUUGGCUUUAGAAAGGUACAAAGAUGCAGCUGAAGAUGCUGCCAAAGCUUUAGAGAUUGAGCAACAUAACGUUGAUAUUAAAAUUUUCAAGAAAAAUGUUGAAUUGAUUCAAAGGGCUCUGUCAUCCAGCAAGCUGGAAAAAUGGGCUGAAGCAGUGACAGAUUAUGAGAUCGUACAUCAGGCACUUCCAUACGAUAAAGUCAUUGCUAAUUCUUUUUCUCAAGCUCAAAUUGCACUGAAGCAAUCUCGCAGCGAAUUACUUCUAAACAUGGAAUCUGCUGGUGGUGUUAAAGAGAUUUCUAGUUUUGAAGAAUUAAAAGCUGCAUUGGCUCGUCCCGAUCAGUCUGUAAAGAUUAUCUACUUUUAG